AUGGAAUGCAUCAACAGUUUAAACAAUUUAAACGUAAGCACGGACUCUUGGGAUCCGAUAAUUAUCUUUCUCGUUGGGCAGAAGUUGGACGCUGAAUCCGUUAAAGACUGGGAACAAUCUGUGCAUAAGGACAGUUCAGAAGACAUGCCUAAGUGGGAGGAGUUACAGAAGUUUCUGGUGGCUAAGUUUCGCACAUUGGAGAUGGCCGCAGCAGUUUCAGUGCCUACACGUGAUAAGUCACAAACUCCCAAGACAUUUCACGUCGCUGAGCACGAAGAAGAAGAUGAGAGUUUGUUUCAAUGUGCACAUGCAAGCGUAGCUUCACAGCCUACUUGUACCUAUUGUAAAGGUGAACACUACAUAUUCAACUGCAAGGAAUUUACUCAAAAAUCAGUGGAAGACAGACAGGAUUUCGUGAGAAAGAACCGAUUGUGCUACAACUGCCUAGUUCCAUACCAUAAUGUCUUUCGAUGCAGACAAAAGACGUCGUGCAGGGUCUGCAGAAAAAGGCAUCAUUCUCUUCUGCAUCAAACGAGAGAAUCUAAUGAAGAAGUAGCUGCUACACAACCACCAUCACAACCGGAACCUGACACAAAACUUACAACCUUGCACGUUUCCAAACAACAACAGAGUCGUAAAAUGUUACUGGCCACAGCACAAGUAGCAGUAAAGUCGAGCGAUGGUGAUACACACAUACUUCGAGCUCUAAUCGACCCGUGCUCAGAGGCUUCAUUUGUAUCAGAACGAGUAGUACAAUUACUAGGUUUGUCAAGAACCAACAUCAGUGGAGUCGUUUCUGGACUUGAAGAAAGUACACAAAUAAAUGUCAAGCAUAUGGUCGAUGUUACAAUUGCAUCAAGGUAUGAAAACAAGAAGAUUGUGCUAGUUUCAGCUUACGUUUUAAAGUCGGUAUCCACAUAUUUGCCUUCGAAACAUAUUUCGAUAGAUUCUCAGGCCAUUGAAACAUUGAAAUUGGCUGAUCCAACCUAUGACACUCCCAGCAAGGUGGAUAUGUUGCUCGGCGCAGAAAUCUACUGUCAAAUUAUUCAAGAAGGUUUAGUAAAAAUGAAUGAUGGGAUAGUCGCUCAAAAAACUACUUUAGGGUGGAUACUAACAGGUCGAAAACAAAUAGAAGCACAGAGCGACGAACACAACGUUACAACAUUACACAUAGCAAGAAUGGUGGCUGAAGACAACGAUUUACUACGGAGGUUCUGGGAGAUAGAAACUGAUGUGUACAAGAAAAAGAAAAUACUGACAAAAGAAGAAGAACAAUGCGAAGAGAUAUACAAAAAGACAACUAAAAGAGAUGAAAGCGGAAGAUAUACGGUACACUUACCAUUAAAACAAAACGUUAAAGAAACAGUUGAUCUAUGUGGUGAUACGAAACAACAGGCUGUCAAUCGAUUUAAGAGUCUGGAAAGAAAAUUUGGAAAAGACGACAAGUUAAAGAAGGAAUACACAAAAGUUAUAAAUGAGUACAAGGACAUGGGACACUUGCGAAGAUCAGAAAAACAAGACGAUGACAAUGCACUGUAUCUUGCUCAUUUGGCUGUAAUUCGAGAGGACAAAGACACUAGCAAAGUGCGCGUAGUCUAUGAUGCUUCUGCUAAGGGCUCACACGGUCAUUCUCUCAAUGACACCAUGAUGGUAGGACCGGUUUUACAACCCGAUCUUCGGAGCCUAGUAGUAGCUUGGCGAAAACACAAGAUUUGCGUCGUAGGAGAUAUCGUAAAAAUGUAUAGGAUGAUAAAUAUGACAAAAGAACACAUAAACCUGCAACGUAUUGUCUGGCGAGAUAGACCGGAGGAUGAGUUCGAGAGCUAUGAGUUAACAACUGUGACAUUUGGGACCGCUGCAGCGCCAUUCUUAGCAGUCCGUACAUUAAACCAAUUAGCCGACGAUGAAGCUCACGAAUUUCCUGAAACUGCGCCAGUAAUAAAGAAGUCGUUUUACAUGGAUGAUCUAAUGGUAGGAAAUGAAAACAUAGAAGAAACGAAGAAAAUGUGCCAAGAAAUUAAAGAAAUAAUGAGAAGAGGAGGAUUUCAAAUGCAAAAAUGGUCUAGCAAUUCAGAUGAAGUUUUAGAAUAUUUGAAAGAAGACAAUAGUACAAGAGACACGCUAGAAAUCAAAAUGGACAAAAUAAUAAAGAUUCUUGGCUUAACCUGGAAUAGACAAGACGAUACGUUUGAAAUUACAGUGAACUUACCUGAGAUGAGAAGUCCUAUAACAAAGAGGUCUAUACUUUCUGAUGUUGCUCGCCUGUUCGACCCUUUUGGGUGGCUAGCACCUGUAAUAAUAACUGCUAAAGUAUUAAUUCAGAAGUUAUGGUUGAGUCAUCUGGGUUGGGAUGAUGAGUUGCCAUCGGACUUGACAGACGAGUGGCUUCGUCCUUAA